AGGAGCUUUCUUCGUUGAGAAGACAGACAAUGACGAUGAUAAGCGAUCUUCCAAACGAUAUGGAAGCAGAGAUACUCUCUAGGGUUCCGGCCAAAUCUCUAUCGAGACUGAAAACGACUUGCAAGCGUUGGUACGCUCUAUUUAGAGAUCCGAAGUUCGUGGCGAAGAACAAGAAGUUAGGUAGAGGUGUAAGAGAGUCGAUUUUACUGACCAAUCAUGGUGAUGUUUUUUCAGUCGCCGGAGAUCUCCACAAUACCGGGGUCAAUACACCCAUCGAGGUCUCCGGUAAACUUACAAGUCUAAAGGGUUCAGAAGAUUUGGACUUCAAAGAUAUAUUUCACUGCGAUGGUUUAAUGUUAUGCUCUGCAUUGGGAAACGAUAGACUUGUGGUUUGGAACCCAUGUACUGGCCAAACGAGGAAUAUCAAAGCAAGAACUAGUUUCGAGACUAACCAAACCUAUGCUCUAGGAUACAGCAGAUCUUCUUCUUCUGGCCAUAGCUACAAAAUCUUGAGGUGUUUUGAUUAUCAAGAAGACCAGAAAGACUGGGUUCCUCGGUGUGAGAUCUAUGAGCUUAGAUCUGAUGAUUCUUGGAGGGUUCUUGAUUCCUUUCCUCUUGACUACAUCAUGUUUCGCGAUGGUGUAUCUUUGAAAGGAAACACUUACUGGGUCGCUAAAGAUGAAGAAAGUGGUUAUUUCAUGAUGAAGUUUGAUUUCACGACUGAGAGAUUUGUGCGUCUCCCUCUUCCGUUUCAGAUUUUUUAUCGUUAUGAUCAGACGGUUCUUUCAGUUGUAAGGGAUGAAAAGCUCUCGGUGAUACAAAUCUAUGACAAGUCAGAUGUCAGGUCAUAUGUCAGGUCAUAUGAGAUGAGAAUAUGGGUGAGCACUAAAGUUGAUGAGGAUGCUAAUAAAGACUUGUCGUGGAGAAGCGACUUGGUUUUGGAAGUGGAUGAUGAUACCUUUUUUGGCAUGUAUUUCAGAAGCUUCUUGUUGGACGAGGAGAAUAAAGUGGCAGUGCUGUGUUGUGAUAUAGACUUAGUGGGAGAUAAUUAUACGACCAUAGUCUACAUUAUUGGAGAGGACAUGCUUGAACAAGUUUAUAGCGGUACUAUAAAGGAAUCUAGAUCCAACUCGCCACUUGUCAGUACUUAUGUUCCAAGCUUGGUUUGCAUUUAAAAAAGAGGGAAGAGAAAUGGAGAUUAGCCCUUAAUGUUAUAAGGGAAACACGAGACGUGUGGUUUGGAACCCAUAUACUGGUAAAACGACAAAUAUCAAACCCAGAACUCGUUACCGUAGUGGCCUGGGUGAUACAUUUUUUUUUUGGGGUAAUGGUGAUAAAUAUAUGCUUUAGGAUACAUCAUAACUCCUUCUCUAUCUGACUGUACGCAUCCUUCAAGAUUUUGGCUAGAUGAUUUCUUGUACUUUA